CACAAGUGCUGCCUACGUAGACAGAUGAUCAGAUCUGCGUGUUUGAGAAGCAGAACUAUAGAAACUCGCUCAGUGUUGCGCUGAAGAGUGAAGAGUUCAUAUCGCCUCUGGAAUACUGUUGGCCGGUUCAUAUGAUGCGCGCGCAACUCGGGCGCGAACGUCAUUCUAACGGACCCGUUAACUAGAAGACAGCUGAUGACGGGACGAUGAUCGGGCACGAGCGAAGUUUACCGGCCAGCGCGUCCCGUAGGAGACUCUCACGGGUCGGGAGGAAACACAGUAAUGGAUCCGUCCAGUCGAGCUCAUCCAGCGGCACGGGCAGAUCCACGGAGAGCGUCGGGAUCCGACAACCGGCCAAGAACAAGAUCCGGCGUCAGCGUCUGUCCGCUGUGUUCGGCCGCGGCCCUCAUAGAGACUCGGCUGAGGUGACGGACGAUCCCUCAGAACUGUCCAAUCAGGUCUCGGCUCCCGGCAUCCUGAAGAUCUUCGGCACUGAGAUUUGCGAAGGAGCGAAUUACAAGAGCGUUCUUGCCACGACACACUCCAGUGCCAAAGAGCUGGUCAAAGAGGCUCUCUCCAGAUACUCCCUGAGCAAAGAAGAAUCUGAUGAGUAUGUGUUGUGUGACGUGAUCGGCUGUGUGGAGAACCAGCGCUGGAGGACUGAAUGUGUUCGUGUGGUUGGAGACGAUGAGAAGCCGCUCUUGCUGCAGUCGCUCUGGAAGCCCAGAGAAGGUUUCGCUCGCCGAUUUGAGAUCCAGCGCAAGGCUACAGUGGAAGAAAACAACUCUAAGACAAAGACACGGCAUAAACGCACAGGCACGGAAGCUGCAGAAGACUCGCUCCCGUGGGCGAUCGUCCGGCUGGACGAUGGAAAACACAAUAUGUUUAAGAGUCUCAGCCUGACGAACCUGAGAGUCGAGGCUCACACAAACCUCACGGAGGAUCCAGAGGCCGAGGUCUACAAACACACACACUGUCCGCUGGGCUUCAGUUACACACAGGUAGGACAGACCUCCUCGUCCUCUCCUCCAGCCCAACACACACUUUCUCUGGAAUGA